GCAACAAAGCUGGCCUUCUCCGUCCACUAAAUAGUCUUACUGUGGACUCGUUUAAAGCGGCUCGCAUGUCACAUCUCACCUCUUCUCCGUUGGAAAUGUUGUAGCGACGUACGUGCGGGCCCGGAGUUAACGCCAUCCGUCCGUCGUCCAAUCGGCGACGAGCUCGGUGAAGCGGGAGCCAAUGGAAGCGCCGAGUUGCCCAGGAAUGGGCGGGGCUGAGUGCGUGUGCUGGAAUGCUGCCUCUCUGGGAAUGUUUUCCACUUUCAAUCUCCCCCCUUUUUUUUCUCCCACUCUCCGUCCUUCUCACAAGGCGCUCUUUAAGGUCCGGUGUCGCCACACAGAGCAGCCAUUCAUCGGCUUCACGGCCAGCCACACACACUCCAAUGUUGAACCACCGCGCGUCUCUAUUGGAGUAGCGGAUUUCGCUGCGUAAAAAGAAAACAAAAGGAUCUGGACAUUUCAUCACUAUGGCCUCGUAUUAAAGAGUCCACACUAACUGGGACCAUCGCAAAUUCCACAGUCCAUUAAAACUAUUUUACAGCAUUAAAAAGUAGCUGAUAAACGAAUUAAGCGUUUAAAAAAUGUCCGGAGAGGAGCACAGCAUGUCCGAAGCGGAGCUGAGCCCCGGAGGUUCGGACGACGCUCGCUCGCUUUCGCCCGGCCACGCCGGAGUGCCACCCGGGCACGACUCACCUCUGACCGGGCCUCCGCCUCAGCUGACUUCGCUGUGCGUGGCGGACGGCUCCGGGGAUGACAGGUCGACGGUUAAAUCGGAAGAUGACGACGAUCGUUUCCCCAUCGGCAUACGGGAAGCGGUGAGCCAGGUCCUGGACGGCUACGACUGGACCCUCGUGCCCAUGCCGGUGCGCGUGAACAACGGAAACAAAGCCAAGCCUCACGUCAAGCGGCCCAUGAACGCCUUCAUGGUGUGGGCUCAAGCGGCCCGGAGGAAGCUGGCCGACCAGUACCCCCACCUUCACAACGCCGAGCUCAGCAAGACCCUGGGCAAACUGUGGAGGCUGCUCAACGAGAGCGACAAGAGGCCAUUCAUCGAGGAAGCGGAGAGGCUGAGGAAACAGCACAAGAAGGACUACCCAGAGUACAAGUACCAGCCUCGGAGACGCAAGAACGGCAAACUCACGCCCGCUAAUGAGUCGGACAGCCCGGGCGAGGGCGAGGCCAGCCACUCCCAGUCGCACUACAAGAGCCUACAUCUGGAGCACAAUGGCGGAGCGGGGUCACCCCUGGGCGACCUGCACCACCACCACCAUCACCACCAUCACCACCACCCUGCGAGUCAGGGUCACAGCCCCCCAACUCCACCGACAACCCCAAAGACAGAGCUCCAGUCAGGCAAACUGUCAGACAGCAAGCGGGAGGGUGCAGCGGGAGGGGCUGGAGGAUCAGGGGGCUCAAGGGGAUCCCUCGGUGUAGGGGGUGAGGGGACCUCCGGUGGUCCUUCUUCGUCCGGUUCCAAGCCCCACAUCGAUUUCGGCACAAUGGACAUCGGCGAGAUAAGCAGUGAGGUCAUGUCCAACAUUGAGCCUUUCGACGUCAACGAGUUUGACCAGUACUUGCCCCCUAACGGCCACCCCCAAGGUGCAGCCGGAGCCCCCGCUGCGGGGACCUCUGCCUCGUCCUAUGCCUACGCCCUGGCUGCGGCCAGUGGUCACUCGGCCUGGCUCUCCAAGCAACAGCAGCAGCCUCAGGGCUCGCCCACGUCCUCCGACCACUCCAAGGCUCAGAUCAAAAGCGAGUCCGGAAGCCACUACGCCGAAGCUUCGUCGUCGCCUUCUUCGGGUGCGCAUGUCACCUACACCCCACUUAGCCUCCCUCACUACGGCUCUGCUUUCCCUUCGCUGGCCUCCAGAGCUCAGUUUGAAUAUGGAGACCACCAGGCCCCUGGGGCGUACUACACCCACUCCAGUCAAGCUCCCGGGCUGUACUCAGCCUUCUCCUACAUGGGCCCUACACAGAGGCCUCUGUACACCACCAUAGGCGACCCCGCCAGUGUGGCCCCCUCCCACAGUCCCACACACUGGGAGCAGCCUGUUUACACCACACUCACAAGACCCUGAGGGGGGAGUCCAGGAAUAUAUGGGAAGCGUGUGAGAGCAUCAGUGUGCAUGCGUUUGCUAAUGAGAGUUUGUGUGACAUGUGCAUGUGUUUCAGUAUGUCUAUGCCAUAUGGAAGAAAUGUUAGAGGUUUUUACUUUUUUUAGAUCAUGAAAUGCAUCAAAGGGGGGCAGUUAUUCAUUGAGAGUCUGCAGCCAAUCAUAACGAUACAUUUAAAACAAUGUGUGCCAUCAGAAAUGUGUGGGAGAAGAUGUACAGCAGUUGGAGAGGAGCCAAUAGAUUGUUUUAUAUACGACAAAUGAUAACCCAGGAAAGGUUCACAGACUGAAAAAAAAUCCCAUCUAUUAACCAAACUAAAGGAGACUCUUGUUUUUUGGAUUUGUUUGUUACUUUAUGAGUAGUAUCCUUUAUAUUGAAAUACUAGAAUAACUUUAUUGUGACUGACAUGAUAUAAUACACUUACACAGCUUCACCACUGCUUCUGCAGCAUGUUCCCUUCAAAUUUGGCACUCAAUUAAGGGUUUUCUUUUUUUUUUGGGUAACGGCAACCUUUCUUGUAUCAGUCUGUGUUUUUCAGUGUUUCUACUCUUGACUCCGUGUUUGAUCUGAAGCAUUUAUGGGAACAAUAGGAAAAAGAGAGGGAAAGAGCUCUUAGAAGAUAUUUCACAUUUUUGCUCCAUCUUUGAUAUUUACCUCAACUCUCAAAGUCAUUUUGUGCCAAUAGCAGAGAACACUUUUCACGCCUGCUCGGUUUGAGAAAACAUGAAACUGUCACUUUUCCUUCUUGCUUUCUUUGUAACAAAUUGCUGAUUCACAACUGAUUGCUAACAUGUUGUAAUGAGCUAGUACAAAGUUCCAAUCCCUUGAGAUAAUUGCCCAGCUUUGGGUGCUGCUUAAGGAUUACUUGGAAUCACGUGUUCAAUUGUUCUGCAUGUUUUUCUAUACAGCGGCCCAAACAGGCAUACAUACAUCCUCUCCGGCAAUGUGAAUAAUAGUCAUUACACGGGCUUUAUUACAGUAUAUGUGAUGCAUACUUUCCUAUUUUAUACUGACCCCCUUACCAUGCAGUUUUGUUUUUUUUUUUUGCUAGAAGUAUCCCGCGCCUUAUGCUUCCUCCAUUUUUUUGUAUCAUUCUGAAUAGUUUUGUAAAGUGUUUGCCAAGUAUUUUGCUUCCUUACAAGAAAAAGCAAUGUUGAAAUAUUAUUGUU